GAAGAACACCUCCUGAAACACAUCUCACUGACAGUUUACAUCUCGAAACAAACCUCAACAACCAAACACCGCCAACACAUCACCCCGUCUCCAACAGACAAAGCAAAAAUGACUCAAACCGUCGAUUCCAAGUCCGCAGUCGACUACUUGAACGCCGAUUCCGAGCCCGAACCCUCCACCAUGACCGGACCCGGAACACACUUCCAAAACACCUUUGACCCCGCUCUCAAAAAAGACGCUCCUCAGCUUCCCGACACCGCAAUUGCACCCGCUCCGGCCUCCGCCAGGGACAAGUUGGCGAAUACGGACUCGACCAUGUCUACUAAGCAGUUGCAAAAGGCGGCUUUGGAAGGUGAUCCGAAUGGUUUGACAGGCGCGGGUGCUGUGCAGAAGGAGAAGCAGCAGGAGGGUGAUCAUACGGCUUGGUCGGGUAGGUAUUAGGGUGUGAGAAAGACGUGCGGGAAGAAAUCGACAGAGAGGUGGAAUACAGCACAGGACGGGAUAGUGUAUGAGAUGGGGUAUAUGGAUAUGGGAGGGAGAUGGUUGCUGUUAUGGCCAAGAUGGCAUGGUGUAAUCCAUGGCGAGCAGCAGCAGCAAAGAGUGAAAUCGGGAGUAUGACCACAGGUCCUAGCUUGAUUCUGGACUCAGUUCAUCAUAGCAUAAUAUAAUGCUAUGCUACAGGUAUGCAUACAGGUAUGCAUACAUGUAAUCGUUCUCUAUCACCGCACACUCGCGUCAUACAUCGAAACCACAUACAUCUCGCGGAAUGCACAGACGUUGGGCUAGAAACGAA